GUUAAGUCAAAUACUUGAGAUAGGCCCAUACAUUAUCAUUGCCAAACGUGGCAUUUCAGUGGGGGAACACAGUAGCCGCCGGUGGAGCUCCAAACACCAGAUCUUUCCACGAACACAUCGUUCCAAAGAGAAGAGAACAUAGAAACAAAUCAGGUUGCAGGUUUUUUUUCCUCUGCCGAACCUUUUGGUGGAUUUUUUACUGCACAUUGGAUUUGUGAGGCAAGAUCAUGUCUGCACCAAAUGAGGAUAACGUUUCUCAACCGCAGCACGAUGAGGUCUGCAUACAUCCUACUUUCGCCAAACCCCCACUUGUGAGAUUACACUGGUUGUCCUUGCACGUUUUUGACGAGCUUCUUGAUUCCAUCAUUAUUGAUGUCGCAUCUGAGUGUCACCGCGUGGCGAAACUAGGCCUUGAUCGUAAUUUAGAAGAAGAGGAGGAAGAACUUCGGUUGUCUGCACAAGCUCGGGCAAGUGUAGCCGAUCCUAGCAAUAGUAGUGAAACAAAUGGCAAAUACAUUGUAGAUAUAUUUGGGCAAACCCAUCCUCCUGUUGCAACUGAAAUAUUUGAAUGUAUGAAUUGUGGCCGAUCUAUCAUGGCUGGGCGGUUUGCUCCUCACUUAGAGAAAUGCAUGGGAAAGGGGAGAAAGGCCCGUCUUAAGGCAACAAGAAGUAGCACUGCUCAGAAUCGGUAUACACGAGCCAGUUCUGCUUCAACUAACUCCCCUUAUUCAAAUCCCACCAGCACGAGUCGACAGCCAAAUGGAAGUUCUGGAGUUGCUGGUCAUGAAUACUCAAAUGGCUCCUUAGAAGAGUUGUGAGGCCUUGGAGGCAAUCAAGGAAGCUGAUUCAUCUUAGAAGAGGUGAAGGAUUGAACUGAGAAGACAACUUUGGACUUUACUAUGAUGUUUCAUCCUCCCCCUUAGUGGUCGUGCUGUAGCUGAGCUGGCGGAAGCAGUUAUGCUGGCUUGUCAGACAAAGCAGAUAUUGCUCACAGUAUGGUUUUGAUAAUAACUAAUAUGCAAACAUUGUUCCCAUACAAAUAUUUUAGUGCGCAUUGGCUUCACAAGCCAGAGUUUAGCAUUGUAAAGGAGACUUCACUGUCUCAACAUUCUAGUUCAAAGUCAUAACUUGAUUAUCAGUUCUUUGGUCCUGUUCUUCCAAGGGAUUAUAAGCAAUAUAGAGUGAAAGAAUAUGUAAAUUUUGCACUAUUAACAAUUGAACCGAUCAAGACGGUAUGUUUUCUAGAUGGUCAUAUAGGCUUUGAUAUUGAGAGAGUUAUACGUUGUUCUAGGUCAACUUAA